UUGAACUCCCAGUUGCUUUGAGUCAAUGUGCCACGAUGAAAGCAGACAAAAAUUAUCUGCCCAACCUGGCGGAUGAAGCCCGAAGUUUGCCGGUCGAGGAUGCAUCCAAGAUGGCAAUCCCGAAAUGGUACGAUGAAGCCAAAUUCAAGCGAGCCCAGGAGUUCUACAAACGGAACGCUUUCGCCAUCACACUGGCUGCCUUCUACGGGUUGAUCGCGGUUAUGGCCGUCCCUUCGGUCUUGAACGUGCUGAUGUUUACCAAGAAAUCAUCCACGCCUGUCACGGCCUAUCGACGCUAUCUGCUGACCAUUCUGCACUUUACGAUUUGGUACCGGGAUGAACUGGCUCCCGGGACAAGGUUCUGGAGAUCGCUGAUGUACACGCGGAAGGCUCACGACAGUGCCAGCAAACGGGCAAGUGCCGCUACGGAGGGAAUGAUCAUUUCCCAGCGUGACAUGGUGCUGGUGCAGUUCUCUUUUGCUGGGUUUGUGGUACUCAAGCCGGAAAUGUUGGGCAUCCAAGGGUCCGACCGGGACAUGGAUGACUUCAUCCACUUUUGGCGGGUAGUUGGCUUCAUGCUGGGCAUCCGAGACGAGUACAAUCUAUGCACAGCGGACAGUGCAACCUCCAAAUCGCGGAUCAAGCUGGUUCAGGACCAGAUGAUGCGACCAGCGUUGAACUCCCCCAGCGAUGACUACUACCGCAUGACGAAAGUUAUGCUGGACGGAAUGUGGUACUACAACGUGACGCUCAAUUACGAAGCGCUUCUAUUUUUCACCUCCCGAUUGACUGGAGUGGCCGGAUAUGGUUUCCUGGAGCAUGAGAGAAAGAACCAGCCGAAGGUAACCGGACCGGUCACUUACGAGAAGCUAAGCUGGUACAGUCGAUUCAUCGUUGGAAGUUUGGUACAGUUGCACGAGGAAGGGCUGAAAAGUGCACUGGUUCGAUGGUUGGUGAACCUGCAGUUGCAGUUUUCAGUGCUGGUUGGCAUUUGCUACUUGCCGCUGUUGGCAGCGAUUAAAUUUGGCUGGAAGAAUGCCGUUGUGAAGAUGCCGAAAUAAAUUUUGCUUGUUGUUUGAAGA